AAAAAAGGAGAAUGAGUGAGAGAGGAAAGGAGAUAGAGGAGGAGGGGAAGAAUGAGAGAGAGAUGCUCCAUCAUUGGAAUCACGAGCAUCCACUUACUUUGGUGAAUACUCGUGAAAAAGUAUACUGUUAUGGGUGUGAAGAGCUGUUUAGUGUUGGAGAGCAAGCUUAUGGAUGCAGCACCGAGGGGUGUAACUACGCAAGAUUAUUACACGCAGAAUGUGCAGCGAUGGAAAGAAAGAUACGCCAUCCAUCGCACCACCCUCAACACAUACUCAUCCAACGCCACGAACUGGAAUUAGGGAGGUGCCGUAUAUGUGAAAGGACUAUUUGGAGCAUUGGUUACAAAUGCUCCAAAUGUAAUUUCCAGAUGCACCUGAGAUGCGCACAAGGUGGUGGCAUGGUCGAUGCAACAGGCGAUGGUGGUGAUGAUAAUAAAAGUCACAGCAUCAUACAUCAUCCAAGUCAUCCUGGCCAUGAAUUGAAGUUGUUGAGGAGAAGAUGUUCUUUCAAGUGCGAUGCUUGCUGCACCACACGCAAAGGGAGCUCCUACACAUGCACCACAGAUGAUUGUCAGUAUUGCAUCCAUGAGAGAUGUGCUUCCUUGCCUCAGAGCUUCAAAAGGGAAGAUCAUCAUCACUCCCUCUCUUUAUCCUUUCGCGUCCCUUUUGAAUAUCUCAAUUUCAACUACAAAUGUGAUGUGUGCAACACAUAUUUGCUACCCAACUAUUGGAUAUAUCAUUGUCAAAUCUGCAGAUUUAUUGUCCACGUCAAGUGCGUUUUCAACAAGCAGCCUCCCAUCACUGAAAAUAUUGGGAAAGAUGUUAUUCAUCUUCCAGCAAAUGAGGUAGCCGAGGAACUAAUUAUACCGUUUGUGAUGAGACAAAGAGGAGAAGGAGGAACAUUCAUUCCACUUCCACCCAUCAUCAUCAUCCCUGCUGCUGCUGCCGUUGAUGAGUUGAUGAAGAUGAAGUAUACGUUCCUUCAUCACCAACAUCAACUUACUUUACUCUCGUCUGGUGAUCCAAGGCAAGAAGAAGAAGAAGAACAUGAUGAGGAGAAUUAUGGAGUGAGAUCGGAAUUGAUAUGUGAUGGGUGCAUCACUCCUAUAUCUUCAUCAUCAUCAUCAAACUACUAUAUGAGUUGCAGUGAAUGCAACUACAACCUUCACUUGGCUUGCUUUCACUUGCCACCUCAACUCUCCUCACAUCCACUCCACCGACAUGAUCAUCACCAGCUUGUCCUCCAAUCUUGUCACAAACAUCAACCUUGGGAGGACCAAUAUUGCCAUGUCUGUGGGUAUUAUACUAACGGGCUGUUUUAUAGAUGCACAGCAUGCGACUUCAAAGUCGAGAUCCAAUGCGCUUGUAUGCCGGAUACCAUACACCACGCAGCUCACCCGCGACAUCUCCUCAAGUAUGUGACUCAGUCCAAUCUACGCUGGGAUAUCAACCGACGGCGCUUGUCGUGUGCUGCUGGUUGUGACGACCGCAUAACCUAUUACGAUUGUUACAGGUGCAGCAACAACUCAUGUGAUUUCAUAGUGCACGCCAGAUGCGCUUUGCUGCCUGUGUCGGUCAGCAGCCGUAGAUGGGACGAGCACCACCCACUGCUGCUGACGUACGACGCCACUCUCAACCGUCCUGGCGAUUUCUACUGCGACCAAUGUGAGACACAGAUGAAUCCCAGGAGCUGGAUGUAUCGCUGCCGCGCUUGCGAUAUAUCCUUCCAUCCUAAAUGCUUUAUAACUACAUCCGGAGAGUAUAGAAACAUGAAGUUGGGGCAGAAAUAUGUGAAUGACGCAGUUCACCAACACCCUCUCACCUAUCAACUUCUCACCACUAAACGCUGCUGCGACAUUUGUGGUCGGGGUAAACUUGAACAGGAAGGAUUUUACUGUGCAUUAUGCAACUUCUUCAUUUGUUACUACUUCUGCAGUAGAGGAUUGAUUAAAAAUGUUGAUUGAGAGAAAUUAUCAUACUUUGUCUAGAAUUAGUCAAUUCUACCUCUUUCCACUCGUAUUUGUAUGUUAUUAUUAUCAUGACUUAUUGUUAUAAAUUUGUAUACUUAUUCAAAUUGAUCUUUUUUAUGCUUA